GUGAUCUUGGAAGAUGUUGCAAUGCUUCAAAUUAAGCCCAACCAAUUUACAUACACUUCUGAUCAUUUUGAAAAAAUAAUGAAAUACGCUGAGAAACUCAUUCAUGAAGGAAAGGCUUAUGUGGAUGAUACACCAGCAGAACAGAUGAAAAUGGAGAGAGAACAGAGAAUAGAAUCUAAACACAGGAAUAAUUCUGUUGAGAAGAAUUUUCAGAUGUGGGAGGAAAUGAAAAAAGGAACAGAAUUUGGGCAGACCUGCUGUCUACGAGCAAAAAUUGAUAUGAAUAGUAAUAAUGGAUGUAUGAGAGACCCAACUCUUUAUCGUUGUAAAAAUCAGCCACACCCACGUACUGGAAAUAAGUACAA